AGCUACGGGAGCUGCAGAGGCGGCGGCCGGCUAGCCUGGACCUGGGAGUGGAGAAAGGCUGCCCACGUGGCUGGCGGGAGCCUCCCGGCCUGGGAUUGGUCGAAAAGGAGGGGCGUGGGCGGGCAUGGGGGCCGUUCCCCCGCCCAGGUCUCUCACCCGGCCAGGUUUCUAAGGCGGACUGUAACUGGUGUGGCAUUUGUCCCGGGACCAGGUCCACAGUUUUAUGUGUGAACAAGAUGGAGGCUGACCUGACUGGCUUUAACAUCGAUGCUCCCCGUUGGGACCAGCGCACCUUCCUGGGGAGAGUGAAGCACUUCCUAAACAUCACGGACCCCCGCACUGUCUUCGUAUCUGAGCAGGAGUUGGACUGGGCCAAGGUGAUGGUGGAGAAGAGCAGGAUGGGGGUUGUGCCCCCAGGCACCCAAGUGGAGCAGCUGCUGUAUGCCAAGAAGCUAUAUGACUCGGCCUUCCACCCCGACACUGGGGAGAAGAUGAAUGUCAUCGGGCGCAUGUCUUUCCAGCUCCCUGGUGGCAUGAUCAUCACGGGCUUCAUGCUCCAGUUCUACAGGACGAUGCCGGCGGUGAUCUUCUGGCAGUGGGUGAACCAGUCCUUCAAUGCCUUAGUCAACUACACCAACAGGAAUGCGGCUUCCCCCAUAUCAGUCAGGCAGAUGACCCUUUCCUACUUCACAGCCACAACCACUGCUGUGGCCACGGCUGUGGGCAUGAACAUGUUGACAAAGAAAGCACCGCCCUUGGUGGGCCGCUGGGUGCCCUUUGCCGCUGUGGCUGCGGCUAACUGUGUCAAUAUCCCCAUGAUGCGACAGCAGGAGCUCAUCCAGGGAAUCUGCGUGAAGGACAGGAAUGAAAAUGAGAUUGGUCAUUCCCGGAGAGCUGCAGCCAUAGGCAUCACCCAAGUAGUUAUUUCUCGGAUCACCAUGUCAGCUCCUGGGAUGAUCUUGCUGCCAGUCGUCAUGGAAAGGCUUGAGAAACUGCACUUCAUGCAGAAAGUCAAGGUCCUGCACGCCCCAUUGCAGGUCAUGCUGUGUGGGUACUUCCUCAUCUUCAUGGUGCCAGUGGCGUGUGGGCUCUUCCCACAGAAAUGUGAAUUACCCGUUUCCUAUCUGGAACCAGAGCUCCAAGACACCAUCAAGGCCAAGUAUGGAGAACUUGAGCCUUAUGUCUACUUCAAUAAGGGUCUCUAAAUGCCCCACCUCAGCAAGGACCAGUCUAUUCCCAUAUUCACCAGCUCCUUCUUAGCUACGUGCACACUUGUGUCCUCCUUCCUCUUUGCCAACAAGGCCCAAAAGCCAGGAUAGAUUGGGGGGUGUGACAAUGAAUGCCUCAUGCUUACACCCCAGUACUGGUUGAUUGGACCUCAGGGGAAAAAAGUGAAAAAGGGUAGCAAAGGCCAGUGUCUUCUAGCUGCUUCCUCCUUAACCCCUGUCCCCUGGAAACCAGAAGCUGAGGCCCUCUCAGGGAGGAGACACCAAGCAAAUCAUUUGGAAAAGUUAGGAAACCUUUAGGAUUCUGGUUCCAGCCAGGAUUGAGGAAAAGACCUUGGAUCAAAAGGAAGCUUCUACAUCUCUUUCUUCUUCACUUCCUCCUCCUCUCCCGAGCAAUGGAACCUUUUAAUCAUGUAAUUCUAGCCGAACUCAGGAAAAAGAAGGGGGAAAGGACUCUGUCCUCUUAGGGCUCAUCUCCACCCUUCCCCAUCCUCCUCCUCAUUGGCCCCUGGUCAGACAGCUUUUUUUUUUUCCCCCAAGAUGGAGUCUUGCUCUGUCGUCCAGGCUGGAGGGCAGUGGCGCGAUCUCAGCUUACUGCAACCUCUGCCUCCUGGAUUCAAGCGAUUCUCCUGCCUCAACCUCUCAAGUAGCUGGGAUUACAGGGCACCCACCACCACGCCCGGCUUAUUUUUGUAUUUUAGUAGAGAUGGGGUUUCACCAUGUUGGCCAGGCUGGUCUCGAACUCCUGACCUCAGGUGAUCCGCCCAUCUCGGCCUCCCAAAGUGCUGGGAUUACAGGCAUGAGCCACAGCACCCAGCCUGGACAGCUUUUUUGGGAAUGCUGCUAACCUUGAAAUAAUCAGACACCUAGGAGUUAUUAGUGCUAAAAAGGGGACCGUGCAAGGCAGCAGAGUUACAUGAUUCUUCAAAUCAUGUCUGAAUCUAUUCUUGGAAUCUUCUGUAUAAUAAGGGAAGUUCUCUUUCCCCACUGCCACAUAUGUCUGUUUUAAAAGAUAAGUCCACUAACUGAGUAGAAAUGACAUAUGUAGGCAUUAACUGUACACUUUAAUGGGUAUAAUUUCCUGCCUGCUUCCCUUCCUCAGCCCAGUAGGUUAAACAGCAAAGACAGACUGGUGUGUACUGAAUAGGAAAGGGAAGUUUUAUUUGGAACCCUCUGAGAGGAAAUCAACCAGGACCAAAGAGCCUUAAAGGACACAGAGCAAAGCACAGCCACUUCCCUUCCCCAGCUUGGCUGCCCUAGGUGAUUUCUCAAGCUCCUUGGGGGACUGUUGUUUCUCAUCUGGAAUCAAUGUGUGUAUGAGUUUUGUCUGGUAGGAUUGCUGUCUCCGUCCAAACGAUAUCACUGUGAAUUGAAUAAAUUUGUUGAAAGAGCACAUAGGCACACACACACA